GUAUAUGCGAUGAGCGCAGUGGUAGUAGCAUCAUGCCAAGUCGCUCGUAUGCGCGUGGAUGUGCUGGCGCAUUGGGGCAUAUUGGGACAUUGCUCUGAUUGGCCAAAAGUGGAUCCAGACACCACUCUGGGAUUGGUGCGAUACAGCGUGACAUACACAUUGCAUGGACCAAUCGUUGCACAUUGCUUGCAGUCCACGCAGUCGGCAACAUGCGAAAGGCCAACAAGGCAACGACGACGACUGGGAAAGGGUCGGUGACUGCCGCCCGGAAGCAGUGGUUCGACGAUGCGACGCUUGCUCUCGUGACCAAUGCCCAGAAGCGGGCGGCCAAGGCGCGCGGAAAGGGCGGCAAGGACUCGGCCCGAGAGGCCCGCGAGCGCUCGUCGCAGCUCUCGACGAGCGCCGACACGGUCGGCGUCUCGUUUGCCGGCGCUGCGUUCCAAGCCGACUACUUCUCGUCCAAGUUUGCCAAGCGCGGGUUGCUCGUGUACGCCAUCCUGCAAGACUUGCUGGCCAAAAACCGGUCGCUGGUGCCUCCGUCGUUGGAGACUGUGUCGGUUGCGUCGUUUGGCGGCGGCCCUGGCACCGAUGCCGCCGGCAUCGUUUGGAUCCAGCGCGAGUUCCUUGCGCCGUCGCGCGUCCAGUGCACGCUCUUUGACUACGAGACGUCGUGGAAGCGAUACGUCAAGACGCUCGACGAGCUCUUUGGUGACGCCGUCGACGUCUGCUUCCGGCCCUGUGACGUGACCCAAGGCCUCAACACCGACAGCAAUCGCCACGUGUGCGAGGUCGAGACUAUGGACAUCCUCCUCUUUUGCUACGUCUGCCAUGAGACAUCGGCGCGCCAGAACAACGUUCUGCAGUUCUACGCCGACCUCGCUGUGCAGGCCAAGACCGGCGCCAUCGUCAUCCUCGCGGACGUCAAGACCACGUCCAAGCAGUGUCUCGAGCGCGUGGCCGAGACCAUGGCCUCUGCUCGGCGUGUGACGCGGCUCGCGCUCGCCAAGCCGCCCAACGCAGAAGCCAUCGUGCUCCGCAUGGAGUAGGCCAACACACUAUUUAAAAGCCGGCCAAAUAACGGUAGCAGGCGUCCAUCCGCACACCAAUUCAGGUGCAUUCAU